AUGAAUGAUUUACCACCAAUGCAAACACCUCAGCAACAACAGCAACAACAGUAUAGAAAACAACCUCAAUAUCAACAAUCACAUCAACAGAAAGUAUAUUAUCAACCACCUCCUCAGCAAAACAGUAGACAACCGAGUUAUCAAUAUGCUCCAGAAUAUUACAAUUAUCAACAAACUCCACAACAGCAAAUUCAUCAAGCUCAAAUUCACCAUUCUCAACCACCAAUUUCUCAUUCACAUUCACAACCUCAAGUUCAUACACAACCUAUACAACCUCAAGUACAUCCUCAAUUUUAUUCACCACCAAGUCAAUAUCAACCAGUUAAAAAACCACCACCCGAAUCCAAAAAAGAAUUAACUUCAAAACAAAAAUUGGAAAUUGAGUUAAGAAAUGUUUUUGAUAAAGUAGAUGUUAAUAGAACUGGUAAAAUAUCUCCAAAAGAAUUAUCAUUUGCAUUAUUAAAUUUUGAUCAUACUAGAUUUCAAGAUUCAACUAUAAAACUAAUGAUUAAUUUAUUUUGUACUGAUUCGAAAUCAUUAAAUUUUGAACAAUUUGUAUCAUUAUGGAAAUAUUUAUCUGCUUAUAAAAAAUUAUUUAUUCAAGCUGAUGUAAACAAACUGGGAGAUAUAUCGUUUGGAGAAUUUCAAAAAAUAUUAGAACAAAUUGGUUAUAAACUAGAUAUAGAUUUAGUAUUACAUUUAUUUCAAAAAUAUUCUUUAAAGGAUGAAGGUGGUGUUGGAAGAUUAAAAUUUGAUUCAUUUAUUGAAUUGCUCGUAUAUUUGAGAAAAUUGACUGAUAUCUUUAAAAAAUAUGAUAAAGAUUUAAGUGGUACAGCAACAAUUAGUUUUUCAGAUUUUUUAUUUGAAGUAA